AUGGAAACGGGAAAUCAACAAGAAAAAUCCUGCUUUUUCAAAAUAAUUAAAAACGUUACCCUAAGAUCAUAUUAUCCGCAAAUUAAGACUUUACACGAGUAUCUUUCGUCACAAUGUGGUGAUCAGGUUAAAUUGAUUCGUGAAGGGGAUCACGUUGAUUAUAUAAAUUUUUUGAAAACUUCGGCGAUAAGUGUCACGACUGAUAAACCUUUUCCAAAAAGUUCCUUUGGAGAGAUUCAAGAUUGCUCGUUUGAAGAUGUACAUGAUUGCGUUCAAUCGGAAAUAUUGAUCGAUGAGGAGUGUUUAAUCUUACCAUCAUUUUU